AGGACUGGGACAAUUGGCAGUUCGUUUGGCCAAUUGAAAAGAGGGGAGAAACGUCUCCUGAGAUGGCUCUCGGUUAGUCAGAAGCCUAUUUUGAGGCCGAAAUGUCGACCAAGGACGACGAAGCUGUUGAGACCAAUUCCGAAGGAUUUUAUUACGCUCCGGUCUAACAAUUGGUGAUUCAGAACCGUUAGCUAACAUGAUGCCUGUCAAUAGUUACAGCAGCAGCCGUUGCUGCCAGCACAGUCUUGGGAGGAAUGUACCUUGACGGAAAGUACGCAUUGAGGAAAGAUAUAUAUGCCUUAAGACGAGAAAAAGCUAUCAUAAAGUUGUACAUGAAAGCUGUUGCUCAGAAACGAAUAUCUCUUUACUACUUCUUCGAAAACGCCGUCAAGCGAGUUCCAAACAACGAGUGUAUCUGGAGCAGAGAAGGCUGCUAUACCUGGACCCAGACCUACGACCGAGCUAACCAAUACGCUCAAUGGUUCUUAUCACAAGGAGUGAAGCCUCACGAUUAUGUUGCCUUUUAUCUGACGAAUUCCCCAGACUUUAUAUUUGCUUGGCUAGGACUUUGGGCCAUUGGGGCAGCCCCUGCUAUGAUCAACUAUAACCUUACUGGAAAAGCACUGAUUCAUUGUUUGAAAGUCAGUGGAGCAACUGUGCUGUUGGUAGAUGAAGAUCCGACCUUGGUGGCAAGAAUUGAAGAAGCACGAGCUCAAAUUGAGCGGGAGUUGGGGAUGCAGAUCCGUGUCGUCGAUUCAGAAAUCAAGAAGGGAAUCAGCAGUCAAGAGACUGAGAGAGCACCAGAUGUUUACCGGGAAGUGGUGCAAGGUAAUUGGCCUAUGGCAAUGUUUUAUACCAGUGGGACGACUGGGAUGCCCAAAGGAGUUCCUUUUCAAAUGGAUAGAGGAUUCCCGCAAGGAGGAUCGAAAGCCGCAGGCUACAGUUGGAUUGAAGACGAUGACAGAUGGUACCAAUGCAUGCCUAUGUACCACGGUACUGGAGGAGUGAUGGCGAUCGCGGUCAUGAUGAUAGGUGUCACGCUCUGCAUCGGCAAAAGAUUCAGCACCUCAAAAUUCUGGAGCGAGGUGCACGAUUCAAGAGCAACAUGGAUCACAUAUGUUGGAGAAACCGCUCGCUAUCUUCUCGCAACUCCUCCUUCACCCCUUGACCGCGAUCACCAGGUCCGAUGUAUGUAUGGAAACGGACUACGUCCCGACGUGUGGCUCAAAUUCCGAGAUCGAUUCGGAGUCCCUGAAGUUCUCGAGUUCUUCAAUUCAUCUGAGGGCGUCUUUGGAUUAGCGGUUCAUUGCAGAGGGGAUUAUUUCGCUACCUGUGUGGGACAUCACGGUGCGAUCUUGAGGCACCAAUAUAGAAAUGUUAUUGUGCCUGUCCUUAUCGACCAGGCUUCUGGAGCAAUUGCCAGAGACCCGAAUACGGGUUUUGCUUAUCGACAACCAUACGAGAAAGGUGGAGAGAUUAUUGUCCAAGUUCCAGAUGUCAAGAAUUUUGCUGGUUAUUACAAUAAUCCAGAAGCAACGAUGAAGAAAUUCGAGAGAGAUGUGUUCAAGAAGGGUGAUCUGUGGUAUAGGAGUGGGGACGCGCUACGAAGAACUCCUGAUGGCCGCUGGUUUUUCAUGGAUCGACUAGGAGAUACUUUCAGAUGGAAAGGGGAAAAUGUGAGCACUGCCGAAGUUGCGGAGGUACUUGGGAAAUAUCCCGGCGUUGUCGAGGCUAACGUGUACGGUGUAUCACUGCCCUCACACGACGGCAGAGCUGGUUGUGCGGCUGUUUAUAUUGAUCCCUCUGUUAAGAAGCAUUUCGAUUUCGCUGGCUUCUUGAAGCACUCGAGGACACACCUUCCUAGAUACGCCGUACCACUGUUCCUCCGGAUCGUCAGAGAAAUGACGCCAAUUCACAACAACAAGCAGAACAAGGUUCCAAUGCGAGAAGAAGGCGUCGAUCCAGCUAAGGUAAAGCCGCAUGAUAAGGUGUUGUGGAUUGACGAAAAGGGAAGGGGACAUACAUAUGUCGACUUCCAUGUAGACCACUGGGAAGAUUUAAAGCUCGGGAGAGCUCAACUAUAG